AUGUCUUUUGUAAAUAAAUUUAUUAGUGAGAAAGAGAUUGAAGAACAAAAAGAACUAUAUGAUGGUGUACCAAAGAAACAAGUAGAGUAUGAUCCAAGAACUCUCUAUGAGAAACUACAGGAACAGAAACAAAAGAAAGAAGAUGAGUUGGCUUUAAAGUAUAAGGAUAAAAAGGAAAGAGCUGAAAGCGAGAAGAAACGAGCAGAAUUGGAUGAAAUCAAUAGAGAAUUAUUAAUGUUUAAGAAAGAACAAGCAAGUUUAUUAGUUAGCAAUACAAACCAAAAUAAUACAAAGAAAGUGGAGGAUGAAGUUAUACCGGAACCAGUGAAGCCAACCAAUUCAAAGAAGAAUAAAUUGGUGAAUGUAAAGUUAGUUUCAACAACCAAAGAGACAGAAGCAGAAACACCAUCAUCAAAGAAACAAAAAGUCUUAACGACACCAACAACAACUGCAUCCACAGAUGCACCAUCACCGAACAAAUCAUCAUCUCUUUUCUCAUCUUAUGAUAGUGACAGUGACAACGAUAGCGAUAGCAGUGACAACAAUGAAAGUAAAGAUAAAUCAAAAAAAGAAGGGGGAGAUAUCGAUGUGACAAAGUAUGGCAAUGAUUUCCAAGGUAGACUUUCAAGUUUUGUUCGUGAUCUCGAUCAUCUCCAUAUCGUAAGGGUAUACGAGAUAUUCGAGCAUCAGCCAAAUGUAUUUAUGGUUAUCGAGUGUCGAAAUGAUUGGACAAGACUCUCGGAUGCAUUGACCAGCGAUUGGAAAGCUUUGCGAGAGAGUAGACCUCUGCCGAUUUUCGAAGAUCUUGUUCGUCGACUCUUCCAACAGUUGGUCUCCGCACUCGACUUUUUCCACUCACACAUCGUGUUGAAACACGGUGAUCUGGUAGUGGCGCCAAUCGUCCAAGAGAAAGAACAUCGUAAACUAUCCGUUGAAUCGCUACUCUACGAUGCCACUACACUCUCACUUGCAAUCAACCCUGUUGAUCUCUACAUUAAUACUGUCAGUAUGCAUCCAUACGAUUAUGUAUCUUCAUGUGGAGAGAUUCUCUAUGAAAUGGUAUACCAAGAGAAAUUCGAUCCAAACACCAGUUUCCUAUUGAAACCUCAUUUAAUUAUUUCAAAAGAAUGUGAAGAUCUCAUCUCAAGAAUUCUUCAACCGACAACCAACCAAAUUUUGACACUCGAAGAUGUUCAGAAACAUCCUUGGUUCAAAAUUGGUUUACCAACCUACUUGUACCACAACAAUAAUCAUAUCAAACCAGGCGAGGUAUCAAAGAUCGAACAAUUAAAGAAGAAAGCACUCAUCGACUUGAUUGGUGAAAAGAAAUUCCAAGAAAGUCAAACUGGUUUAUUGAAUCCAAAUCUUAGAUUGUUUGAUGAAUUGAGAUCACUUGAUUGCUUGAAAUCUAUUGAUUAUAAAUCAGUUGUGAAGAGAAUCAAGAAUAACCAAAGUGAAUCAGUUGAUAAUUUCGAAUACCUUUUGAGAAAUCUAGAGUCAGGCAAGACCGAUAUCAAUUGGUAUCAUUUGUUACAGAGAGUUGGACUAUCAAAUAUAAGAGUUGAUCAUCUCAAGAGGAUCUGCGAGAGUGAUCCAUCAAAGAAGAGGGUGGUUCAAUAUAUUCUGGUACAAAUCAUCAAUGCUUUUGCUUUCUUGAUCGAUAGCAGCGAGGAGAACCAAAAGAAAUCAUUGAAUUUCACAAAUUACUUCCUAACUAUAUUCGACCAACAUGUAGACGUACCAACUCUUAAACAUUCAAUACAAUCCAACUCAAACCCAAAUAAGCCGAAGCUCAGUAAAGAAGAACCAGUCUUGAAAUUAAUUGGUGGAGCCAAGAGAUUCGUUUAUUCAGACUCCAAAGAUGCAAUGAAUCAAAUUGCCAAUAAUGUUGUUGGUAAUUUAGUAAAGUUUAGAACUGGUGGUGCUAGUCAGACUCCAAUUCAUAUUGAGAGUAAUAAUAAGAAUGCAAUUUUAUUGACAGAGGCAAAGAUAAAUCAAUGUGGUGGUUUCUGGAUGGAGAAUCCAGUUUUACUUAAAUCAGGAUUCAUUUGUAGUUUUACUUUCAAAAUUGAAAAGGAAGCCGGAAAAGAUUCUGGUGCAGAUGGUUUUGCAUUUGUAAUUCAACCAGAAUCCAACACUGCUUACGACUCAUUGAGUGUUGGUUCACAAAAGGGUUACGGUAGAUUUAAGAAUUGUUUUGCAGUCGAGUUUGACACUUGGCGUGAAAAACCGAAUCAUUUCAUUUCAUUACAAUCCAGUUCGAAGAAUAAAGACAAUAGUUCAGGUAUUCCAGAUAUAUCACACUCUUUAACACCUCGUUUCAUGACAAACAAGAUCCAGGUCAAUUUAAAUGAUGGAAAUGAUCAUCAAGUUAUGAUUAUCUAUUGGCGCGAAUCACUCAGUGUCUUUGUCGGCGGCAAAUCGGUAUUCAAGUGCUUUGACCAUGAUAUUCACAACGAUUUGAUUGGUUCGCUUGAAGCUGAUAAAUCCAAACCAGUAUUCAUUGGUGUGACUGGUGCAACUGGCGGAUCUUAUCAAAAACAAUCGAUUAAAUCAUUUACAUUCAAUACCUAUCAGCCUGAUCUCCAUAUUAAAUCAACUGGUUCGAUUUUAGAUCUACUUGAUAAAGCCGAAUCCAAUAGUAUCAGUUUUGUUGAUACAUUCCGUUGGAUUAAUUUCAAGUUGCUUGGUGAUUCCACAGAGGUUCAUAAUGUGUUUGAUCCAUAUGUAAAAUUCUCUCGUGGUGCAAUUUGGACAAAAGAUCUUUAUGAUUUAAGAGAUGGAUUUGUUUCUCGAUUCAAGAUUGGUGUUAAUGGUUCCGUCAAAGAUAAUCCAUUUUCAUUCGUUUUACAACCAACAAACUCUAAAUUCAUUCCAAAUGAAUCCCAAAGUUUUAUCAUUAAGUUUGCCAAUGAUACAAUUUCACUGUAUGUCAACAGUCAAUUAAACCAAGAGUCACAUUAUCCAGCAUAUUCAUUCAAAACUCCUGGUGGUUUGCUCAUCGAUGAUAACAAAGAUCACGAAGUGGUUUUCAAAUACUCUGGAAUGUAUAUCACACUUCAAAUUGAUGGAUUUACAGUUGUUGAUCCAUUGAAAUUCAAUAUUCAAAAGAUGCUGGCUUACAAUACCAUUUAUAUUGGAUUGACAUCAUUGGAUAGUUUUGAAGGUGUUGUGAUGCAUGCAGUUGGAGUUGGCAAAUCACAUCAAUUGAAAUCAUUCGUCAAUGAGAGAUUCAUGAUUGACAAUGAGGUUGCAAAGGAAAUAGUCAGUUAUGAACUUUUAAAUAUUAUACGAUAUUCCAAUAUUCAUAAUAUUCGAAGUCAUUUCACUGGAAAACACUACCAAAAUACCUACUUCAAGACAAUUGAACAUUUGGAAACUUGGAUUGGUGACAAUGUAGAAGAGCUCUAUGUAAUGGCACAAUAUGGAUAUUUGUUUUCAGAGGAAACCAAAUCACAGAUCUUGGAAAAAGCAUUGGAAAUCCAUACUGAAAUGGUUUCUACAACAAUCCUUGAGAUUCUAACUCGAUACAUUGAGACUUCUGAACGAGACAACUUCAACAAACUCUCUGUUUAUUUCACCAAAAUUGUAUGGGAUACAUAUUCACAAAAGGAUUUAUUCGAUCAACCUCAGCUUUUCAAUUCACUUUUGAAAACUACAAAUGCAAUUCUAUCGACAAACUUAACUGGAAUUCCAAAUAAUGUUGUCAAAAUAUUGUUUGAUUCCAUGAAACUAUGUAUCGAUAAUCCAUCAAGUAAUAAGGACUACAGAGAAUCGAUCACUCAGUUGAUAAUGCAACUUCUUCAUAAGCCGUCAUUGGUUGAAAUGUUCAAAACAUUCUUUAAAUCAAUGACAUUCAAUGAAGACAAUAUCAAAUCAAUCAUUCUGGUAUUCCCAAAUACUCUUCCAAAUGAUAAAGAAUCAAUUCAACUCUUGGAUGAAUAUUCUAAAUUGCUUUAUCAUUUUGUUGGUCUGGAUACAAACCUCCAAUCGAGUCACUACAGAUUCUUUUACUUGCAAUCACCAAACAUUUCACUUAUGAUCCGAAUGAAGAAAAUUGAUGGUGAUAAUGAAGAGUCUAUCGAUGGUCAAUUGGAAUUGGAUCUCUUUAAAUAUUCUCAGAUUUUGGAAGGUUUUCAAUUAACAGAGGAUCAUCUUUGGUAUUUAAUUGAUAUUCAAUUGACAUUUAGAUACACUCUCAAAGAUUUCACUGAGAUCCUCAGAAUCCUGAGUGUUGAGUUGAAGUCAAAGAUUGACCGACUAAUUCAAUUGGAAAUUGUUGACACACCAUUGGAAUACAUUCGAAAAAUGUGGAUCAAGUCAUUAAAACCAUUUUCAUCUUUAGAGGAUUCAGUUCUAGACCAAUUGAAAACAUUUAAUUACCAAACAUUAGAUUGGUUAAUUAAAUGUAUCACCGAUGAAGCAAAAUUACAAGAGUUUACCAAGUUCUUGGAGUUGUUAAGAUAUUAUAAACUUGACCGGUUCGAGUCUGAUAGUUUGAUCAUCAGUUCCAUCAAUGAAACCAACAAUAUUAGACAAUGGAAACAAUCACUUGCAGAGUAUAUCAUCAAUGGUUAUUAUCUAAGUAUUAGUUUCGAGGAACAUUCUCAUUCUCAAUUAUUCUUGGAGGUGAAAGAGAAGAUGGCAGAAUUACUCUUCAUUGGUGAUUGGUCACUCUCAUCAAUUGAACCUCUCAUUCGAAAGACACUGGUUGAUUCAAAGACUAUAGACCCAGAUCUAAUGAAAUCUAUGAUUCGUAUUUUACAUACAAUUAUUGAUUUCAAAUUAAGUAAAGAUGACUGCAACAACCGGUUCAAUACAGUAUCAUCGUUCUUUAAAUAUCCAAUCAACUACUUAGCAGAUCGAAUCGAUGAUUUGGUUGUCGAUAAAUAUUUUGUGGAAAGUUAUCACAAGAAUAUCAUCCAAUUGAUCAAAGAGAUUAAAGCUCACAAUCCAUCAUUGUCAAUACCAAAAUUAAUGGAUCAAUAUCAUCAAUGUAGAAUCAAAAUUCAAACUGGUAAAGCUGUUGAAAAUCAAUGUUUGGAUCAAUCAUCUUAUUCCAAGUUGACUCUUCAAGAUCAAAUUAGUAUUUUAGUACUAUCAUGUCAAAGAUCAAUGAAUAUAACAAUCAGAGAAAUUCAAUUGUUAUCAUUGAUUUUAUUGAUCGAUAAACCACAAUCAAGUGGAAGACUUCUCCAAAUCAACACUGGAGAAGGUAAAUCAAUAUUGAUUGCAAUGUUGGCAGUUCAUCAAGCACUUCUUGGUUUGCAAGUUGAUGUUAUAACAACCACUGAAGAACUGGCAAAACCUCAACAGCUAUUGGCAGCUCCAUUGUUCAAGUCACUUGGCUUAUCACCACAAUCUAUAACAUACUCAGGAAUCUGUGAUUUCCAAAGAUCAGUUUUGGAUGAACAUUUCAAGAAAGGUGAAAGUAAUUUUACCAAAGGUGUUGGAAGAUUUGCAAUUAUUGAUGAAGCAGAUUCAAUGAUGUUGGAAGGAAAUGAUUCCAUUGUGAUGUUAUCAGACGCCACACCAGGAAUAGACUCUCUCAUGCCAUUACUUGCUGCAACUUGGGCGCAGUUGGACCAGGUUGAUAAAAGAAUUGCAUAUUCAGAUGAAGGUGAACUUUGUUAUAUUAUUCCAGUGGAACAUGACUCGAGUGGUAAAGUCCUACCCGAGGAUAAACAAACCUAUGAGUUCUAUCCAAUCAAAGAUAAAGAUCCAAAAGUUUUCAUCAAAGAACUAAUUGAAGAACACAUUCGUAAAUUAGUUAGAGAUCAAACUGGUUUGGAUAAAAUGGAUAUCACUCCUGAAAGAAAAAAGAUUGAUAAAGAUUAUCCUCAACUUAUGAUCCCAAAUCAUUUACAAUCAUUGGUGAAGGAGAGUCUCAUCAGCAAAUGGAUUGACAGUGCAUUGACAGCAAUGUAUAAAAUGGAUGUGAAUAAGCAUUAUAUUAUCGAAGACAAUAUCGUCAAACCAGUGGAUGCACACAAUACUCUUUGCAAAUCACUGGUUGGAACUCAAUGGCGAAAUGGACUUCUCCAAUUCCUUCAAUUCAAACAUGGAUGUAAGAUCACUGCUGAGAAUUUGACAACCAAUUUCAUUUCAAACAUAUCAUUUAUCAAACGAUAUAACAACAACAUGAUUUGUCUUACUGGAACACUUGGAGGUACCAAUGAAAAGAAGUUACUCGAAGACUUGUAUAAAGUUGAUAUUCUUGUUAUUCCGCCAUUCAAAAACAAACAACUUAUCGAACUCGAACCAGUCAUUGUCCAUGAUAAUGAUGUCAAUCGAUGGUAUAAUUCAAUUGUGUAUCAUACACAUUCGAGAUUAUUAUCGAAAAGGGCAGUGUUGAUUAUCACAAAAUACAUUUGUGAUGUCGAUGAAUUACAUAAAAGAUUGGUUGGAAUCGUCAAUCAAGAUAAAAUCAAACUCUUUAAAUAUGGAAAUGAACCUUCAAUUAUUGAUAGAAAGAUUGAACCUGGUGAUGUUAUCAUUUCAACAACUUUUGCAAGUAGAGCUCUUGACAUAAAUGCCGAUCAAAUUGAAAAGUAUGGUGGACUCCAUGUAUGUGUAACUUUCUUGCCUGAGAGUGAACGUGUCGAACUCCAAAGCUAUGGAAGAACAUCCAGAACUGGAAACAAAGGAACCUGUCAACUCAUCGUUUUGGAUCAAGAAGAACACAAUACAAUUGAUCAACUCAAGUUGAAUCGUUCAGAAUCAUAUGAACAAAAGUUGAAGAGUAGUAGAGUUACAAUUCAACAAAUUUCAAAGAGAGAUGAAAUCUUUUCGAAAUUCUGUAAAUUCAAAAUUUCAAUGUCAACGAGGUAUACGGCAGCCGGAGAUCACAUUGUUAUCAGUGCUUUGGAAGAGAGAUUUGCAAUUUGGUUCAGAAAGUACGAAGAUAUGUCAUUUGAUUCCAUUCCAUAUCAGGAUUUUGAGAACAGGUUAAGAGAGGAGUUAUCAAAAGGAAAAGUCAUUACCAAUCCAUUCUACUAUGUGAAACUUGGAAAUUAUUUCUCUGAUUUGGGAAAACAUCAAGAUUCAUAUAAUCAGUUCAGUAAAGCAAUUGAAAUUGAAAAGAAUUUUGUUGCCAAUGCAUAUUACAACAGAGCUCAUGUCAUUCUUUCAAUGGAUAAAGAUCGUUCUUGGGAAUCGAAUAAGAGUAAACCAAAUCCAAUCGAUGACUUGACUAAAGCCAAGAAAAUCAUUGAAGAUAAUUUAGAACCAAUGUGGAUGUUGUUGGGACAAGCAUCGGAAUCACCUUUGAUAUCAAAACAAAUCAGAAAUAUAUUGUAUCUCUUUGGAAUGUUAAAAGGAUCAAUUGAAGAUAUGAUUGGAUAUCACGAUUAUGAUAGAGAUCAUGCUAUUCUCAAGAAAGAACUUGAGAGAAAAGGAAUCACUGAUAAAGAUAAAGAGGAAAUCAACAAACAAAUCAAAGAGUUGACUGAACGUCGUGAUAGAAAAGGAUUGAUACAAUCUGGUAACGAACACAUCCAGAAAGUAGAGUUGAUAAGCUUCAAUUCGUUACCACAAGGUGAGAAUGCACAGGAGUUUAAAGAUGAAACUACCCUUUUCAAUACCGAUGGAUAUAUGGGAUAUACUCAGGUGAUCAACAAACAACCAGAAAAGAAAAUCCAAUGGGGAAGUGUCAUUGGAUUGAUUUUCAUUGGUGUAGCACAGAUUGUUGUUGGUGCUGUUAUCACAGUUGUGACCGAAGGUAUUGGCGCACCAGUUGGUGUGGCAUUGAUGGCUGAAGGUAUUUCUGACAUUAUCACUGCUGUCCACGAAGGAAUCAUUGAAAGAACAUUCACAUGGAAGCAAUGGGGAAUUGAAAAAGCAAUAAGUCUCACUGUUUCCGUAAUCACCGCUGGAACUGGUUCGAUUAAAGCUGUUGGAAAAGUCGCUUGGACAGCUGGAAAGAAAAUAUUUACAAUGGGAGCUGGUAAGGUAUUGGCAAACGCUUCAAGGAAAUUUGCUGUUCGAAAUCUCUUUAAGUUUGGAUUCAAAGGUGUGACCACGCGUAUCCUCAUCAAGAAGACAAUGUACAGGGCAAUGAGAGAUCAAGUUAUCGAAUAUGUACUUACACAAGGACUCAACUAUAUCUAUGAUCAGCUAUUCGUUCCAGAGUUGAUCAAGUUCAUCAAAACACAAAUUCGUCCGAUCAUCGAAACACACUUUGGAGGAAAUAGUAAACUAAAAGGUUUACUCAAGUCUCAUGUAGGAUUGGUAUCGAGUAGAAUUAAUUCAUUGAUUCAUACAGAUGAAGAAAAUAGUGUAUUCUAUCGAAUUUCAACUGGAAUUGCAACUGGACUCAUUCACAGCAAGAGUGUCAAAUUAUCAAUACUCUUUGAUAUUCUCAGAGGAUUGAAGGCAGUCAAUGAUAUUCGAACAAUGUUACCAGAAUUCUUAAGCAAAGCAGACAAGGAAAUCGAUAAGAUCGCAACUGAGAAGCCAGUUGAUAAUUUUGUUGAUAAUGCAGCCAACGCCAUUAUUGCACAUCGUUUACAAGAGCUUGUAAAUGAUAGUGUGAAUUCGAUUGCUAUGGAAAUAUCAAACCAAGUGAAAUACUACAUGGUCCAUCCAGUUAGCAGAAGAAUUUCAUCUCAUAUUGUGACCAGAACUUUCAAAGGUGAUAAUGAACGACAUCAAGCAGAACUGAAUGCAUACUAUGCAGCUCACAUUCAACAUAAAAUUGCAAAUGGAAAGCUUCCACUCACUCCAAUAGAACACCUCAGCCCAACUCAAUCAAAGCAAUUCAUUGACGAACAAAUCAAGAAUGUAAAGGGCAAUGGUGAACUUGGAGUUGUUCACUUUGAAGCACUCAGUGGUCUUCUCCAACAACCAAUCAUUGUUCAUGACAAGAAUGGAGAUGUAACAGUUUAUGAUAACUCUGGAAAUGGAAAACCAAACAACGAACACACACCUCCAAUUGAACUUCAAUAUAUUCCACCCGACAAAAAUAAUAAAUCAGGUCACUGGAUUCCAAAGGGUGAAAGUCACGAUUGGAAACUACCAGCCGACAAAGGAGGCGGUGGAAAGAAUAACUGUUCACUCGAUGCCAUAAUACAUUGUAGAGAGAGAUCUGGGCUCAGCAAUGACCAUAAUCUAGCAGUUCUUCGUGACAAUUUGGUUAAAUAUUUGGACAGUGACAAAGGAAGGAAAUCUCUAGCCAAUCAAGCUUACUAUGUAAAACAAUUGGAGGCCACGAAAAAACAAUGGUUGUAUCAAGGUGGAGCUCGUGUCAAGCGUGGAAAGAAAAAGAGAGUUUUGAGAACAGCAACUAAAUAUAAUCUAUCUGGUAGGACAAUGAAAGUGAAUCUAAAGCGUUUGAGAUGGAACGAGAGAUACCAUAGUACUGGAAUGGGUGGACUUCACGAGUUGAUUCCAAUGAACAUGAGAGCCAAGAAUGGACUUUGUGAGAAAAUCAUGAAUCGUUGCGAUACACCCGCCAAAGACCUCUUUAUGAAAUUCCUGAUCGAAGGAAGACUCCACACAGGAGCUGUAUUUUUCUUGGGUACAACAACCAACAAUUUGGUGGAUGGUGCCAUGCAUUCCAGUAAUAUGAAAUCAGUCCACAGCACUGAAUCACAAGCUGACUUCCACGAUAUCUUGAGAAAACCUAUAAUUGACCUCCACGAUACAGUUGUGGUUAAAAAGAGAGUAGCUGAUAUCACACACGCAGAGAUUCAACAAACCAUUAAAUCGGUGAUUGAUCUUCAACUUAAGAACACACUGAGUGGUGCCACCGGAAAUCCAGCACAACAUCUUCAUCACUCUAUGACAGCUGCACAACGUUUGCAACAUAAUUAUUUUGUAGCAAAAGAACGUGAUUUCUUGAAGGGCAUGGCCACCAGAUAUGGUAUUGUACUAGAUAACCCAACACCAAUUAUUGGACCAUCACCUCCACCCAAUACAUUUGUAAUGGAUUAUACAUUACCAUAG